AAAAGUGAAAAGGUUUAUGGGCUUGGGCUUUUGAGUUUUGACCCAACCAUAUAUAAUAAACAGAAGCAGAUUUCGUUGUUACUGAAUCUUCAUAACCCUAGCUGCCGCGAACGAGCGAAGAAGACAGCAAAACCUUGGAGAGCUUCAACAACAAUGACAUUUAAGCGCAGAAAUGGAGGCCGUAACAAACAUGGUCGUGGCCAUGUCAAAUUCAUUCGUUGCUCCAACUGUGGUAAAUGCUGUCCCAAGGACAAGGCUAUCAAGAGGUUUCUUGUUAGGAACAUUGUUGAACAAGCUGCAGUUAGAGAUGUACAAGAAGCUUGUGUCUAUGACCAGUACACUCUUCCUAAGCUGUAUGUGAAGAUGCAGUACUGUGUUUCAUGUGCUAUCCAUUCUCAUGUUGUGAGGGUUAGAUCUCGCACUGAUAGGAGGAAGCGUGACCCUCCACAGCGUUUCAUUAGGCGCAGGGAUGAUGCCCCAAGGCCGGGUCAGCCUGGUCAAGCGCCCCGCCCUGCUGUAGCUGGAGGAGCUCCUGUCCGUACCUAAAAGCAAAUUUCAAGAGCUUUUGUAGUUUUGAAUCAGUGUUAUGUCACAAAUCCAAUUUCCUUUCCUUGUUUUUAAAAAAUUUGGAUUCAUGUAGACAAAAGGAUACUGUUCUUUUGCGUACUUUAGUUUUCUUGGCAUUAAUAUUUUAUGGUUUUGAUGAAUUGUUCUUUAAUAUAUUGUGAAUCUUAGCCUUUCAACUAUAUUAUGAAUCUCACAAUUUUCUAUUA